AACAAAUAUUGCGAAGUCAAGCCGCGCUGCAAUGGGGUCUCCAAAUGUUGCAGUUCGAAAAUAAUCUUUGGAUAAGCUUGUGAAUUCACGUACGUCUUCGAGUGUGCCAUUUCGAGUUUUUGCAAAGCAUAACCUCCCAGUAUUUCGGAAGACUCGUUAAUACGAUGGUUCUGAGCCGUAAACUAGCCAACAGGAUAGGUGUUCGCACCCAGCAGAAGGGGAACUUCAGACGCCCGAACACCAAGGCUUCAGUAACAGAUGCCAGGCAGGUUCUGAACGCCAAGGGCCUUCGAAGGCAAACUCAGUCGAGCUUCUUCAACGCACGGACCCCCGCAAAGAGGUUUGGUGGAGUCACCAAGGCAUAUAGGGCACAGCAACAAACGGGAAGGAAUGCCUUCAGAGGAGAUGCAAGGGCUUUUAUCAACGCCGCCAGGGCAGCAAAGGCACCAGCUAAAGUUCAGCAGUCAAGGUUCCAAACAGGGGUACAGCCCAACAUACAAAUCAGGCAAGGACUACUUACUGUUACAAAGAAGCGACAACUGUUCAAUAAGAGACUUCAGGUGAAUCAGGGUGACCUGUCGGACGAAGAGCAGCCGAUUCCACAGAAUCCGAACAAACGCAUACGAGUAAACCGAACGGGGAUUUCAGUGACCACUGUGAACAACGUCGCCAAGAUCCGUCGGCACAACAUGGUGGUCGACAACGACUCGUACACAUCGGAGGACGAAGACGACCUGGAGAGGCUCACCUUGGAAGACGUGAUCGGACGAUCCCCUCUGGCAAGCGACCGGCUCUUCAGGCCGUCUGGAAGCAGAGUGCCUGUCAGUAAACUUCCUAACUUGGAAAGGUUUCAAAAACCCACUCCCAUGAUGAUUGAAGAAACUGAUGGCAGAACUAGCAAGAUGGCACCAGUGAGCAGGAUACAGCAUCGCCUGGAUGUGAACCCAGUUCCGUCGAGCUCCAGGCCAGCCAUGCUGACUGAACCGGCAGAAGGUGCCUCCGUGUUGGUCUCCAACCUUCACCCGCAAGUGACCGAGAGCGACAUUCGUGACCUCUUCCAAGAUAUUGGUCCUAUGCAGGAAGCCCGCUUAGUCUCUACUGGAACAGCACUGGCUACUUUCUACCGUCGGGCAACUGCGAUCCGCGCGUGCGAUACCUAUCAUGGACGGCUGCUUGACGGUCAGCCGAUGAACCUCACUUUACUCACGGUCGGUACUACAGCAUCCAGCUCACAGAGACCAGCACAAGCAAACAUGUCUUCCUACUUUGCUUCCAAGUACCUCUGAGGAGCCAAAUGCGCUCAUCACUUCUGUUGUCUUUUUGUUGUACAAUAACCGAGAUUAAAAGCACGGUCGUAAUCUA